AAGGAAAUGGGCGGUAAAAGCGCAGUCAGACACCAACUGGUUCUGGACGGCCCCCGAGAGGCAGCGGGCAGCGCUCCCGCGCUUCGCCCGCUAGGAGCUGCCGCCACGUCCCGAGCUGCGCCGUUCGCGCCCCUCCCUGCUCCGAGCCCCCGGUGGGGGCUGGGCUGCGGCCGAGCCCGGCACCUGGGCCCCUACCCGCGCCGCGCUGCCGCACCCGUCGGCCCGCUCUCGGCGCCGACCAUCGCCGGGGCGCAUCUUGCACAGGCGGCCGCCGGCUCCGCCAAACAGCAGCCAAGGCAUAGCCGGGGUCCCAGGCCACCCGUUCCCCAGCACCCUUCGGGGAAAUCCCGUUCAGUUCUGCAGGAGGCGAAAACGGAACAAACGAAAACCCCUUAA